ACCAACAAAGCAAGAACAAAAUCAGGCACAAGCAAGCACAACCCAACCAAAUACCGUCAGAAACAAAGCUCGCUCCUCUGAUUUCCUUUUCCCUCCUCCGAUCCAAUUAGUCAAUCUGCGGAGUGGCGAUCGGUCGUCAAUGGCCGGAGUAUCUUUGAAGUGUGGGGACUGCGGCGCCCUCUUGAAGUCCGUACAGGAAGCCCAAGAGCAUGGGGAGCUCACUUCCCACUUCAACUUCUCCGAGUCCACCGAAGCUGUUCUCAACCUCGUCUGCACUGAUUGUGGAAAGCCAUGCCGAUCAAAAACAGAAAGUGAUUUGCAUACAAAGAGAACUGGGCAUACUGAGUUUGUAGAUAAAACUUCAGAGGCAGCAAAACCAAUCAAUUUGGAGGCUCCAAAGACUGUUGCGGAGUCCGAAGAGGCUGUUGAUGCUAGUAGCAGUAGCCAAUCUGAAGAGAUGGUUGUACCAGAGGUUGAUAAAAAGCUGUUAGAGGAACUAGAAUUAAUGGGUUUCCCAACAGCUCGUGCAACACGUGCACUGCAUUAUUCAGGUAAUACAAGCCUUGAGGCUGCUGUGAACUGGGUUGUUGAACAUGAGAAUGAUCCAGACAUAGAUCAGAUGCCCAUGGUCCCACUCAACUCCAAAGUUGAAGCACCAAAAUCUUCUCUUACUCCUGAAGAAAUGAAGCUUAAAGCUCAAGAACUAAGGGAGAGGGCUCGCAAAAAGAAGGAAGAGGAAGAAAAGAGAAUGGAAAGAGAAAAGGAAAAGGAGAGGAUUCGAGUGGGCAAGGAACUGCUGGAAGCAAAGCGGAUUGAGGAAGAAAAUGAGAGAAAGCGUUUGUUGGCCCUGCGGAAAGCAGAGAAAGAGGAGGAGAAAAGAGCUAGGGAAAAAAUUCGUCAGAAAUUGGAGGAAGACAAGGCUGAAAGAAGGCGGAGGCUUGGGUUGCCUCCAGAAGAUCCUGCAGCUGUCAAACCCUCAUCACCUGUUGUGGAGGAGAAAAAGAUUUCAUUGCCAGUUAGGCCAGCCACAAAGGCAGAGCAAAUGCGAGAAUGUUUACGAUCUCUCAAGCAAAAUCACAAGGGUGACGAUGCCAAAGUGAAGAGAGCUUUUCAGACUCUUCUAACAUACAUAGGGAAUGUUGCAAAGAAUCCUGAUGAGGAAAAAUUCAGAAAAAUCAGACUGACUAAUCAAACCUUCCAGGAUAGGGUUGGUGCAUUAAAAGGUGGCAUUGAGUUUCUUGAGCUGUGCGGGUUUGAGAAAGUUGAAGAUGAUGAGUUUUUGUUUUUGUCUAGAAACAAGGUUGACAUGGCGGUGCUGAAUUCAGCUGGAUCUGAGCUUAACUCUGCCAUUAAUAAUCCCUUCUUUGGAGUCCUUUAAUUUACUCAAAAUGCAUUCACAGAUUUGUAAAAUUCCUACACGCUUUCUUACCAUACUUUGUUGACAGCUGGAUCCAAUCUGAGUUCUUUAAGUGGAUCUCAUCUAACUCAUCUUUUUGAUACUCUUCCUAAGCCGUUCUCUUCUAAUUCAUAUAUUUUCUGUAAGUCAAACAUGGCAUUAGAAAAUAUGGGUGCUCUCUCUCUAAAAAGGGCCAUGAAAGAGUUGUUUCUUU